AUUAAAGAUGUCUGGAGUUACAAUCUGGAUGAGGAGAUGGAAAAGAUAAGGAACCUUGUAGAUGACUAUAACUAUAUAGCAAUGGAUACAGAGUUUCCUGGUAUUGUAACAAGACCUGUUGGCAAUUUUAGAAGUACAUCAGAUUACCAUUACCAAACCCUAAGAUUAAAUGUUGACCAACUUAAAAUUAUUCAAUUGGGUUUAACUUUUUGUGACUCGGAAGGUAAUUUAGCAAAACCAACAAGUACAUGGCAAUUUAAUUUUAAAUUUAAUUUAAAUGAAGAUAUGUAUGCUCAAGAUUCAAUCGAUUUAUUAUCAAGAAGUGGUAUAGAGUUUAAAAAAUUUGAAGCCCAUGGUAUUGAUAUUUUAGAUUUUGGAGAGCAACUAAUGUCUUCAGGAAUUGUUUUAAACGAUAACAUUAAAUGGAUAUCUUUUCAUAGUGGUUAUGAUUUUGGUUAUUUAUUAAAAUCAUUAACAUGUACAGUAUUACCACUUGACGAAGCAGAUUUCUUCUCGUUAGCAAGAACAUAUUUCCCAUGCAUUUAUGAUAUUAAAUAUAUAAUGAAGAGUUGUAAAAAUCUUAAAGGUGGUUUAAGUGAAUUGGCAGAUGAUUUAGAUAUUAAAAGAAUUGGACCACAGCAUCAAGCAGGUAGUGACUCAUUAUUAACAUGCACAACUUUCUUUAAAAUGAGAAAGAUGUAUUUUGAAAAUCAAUUGGAUGACUCAAAAUAUUUAGGUGUUUUAUAUGGUCUCUCAUCAUUUUCACAAGAUGGCACACCAACAAAUCUUAAUACCACCAACAAUCCUAAUAAUCAAAGC